GCUGUUGCCUGCUGCAGCUCGUGGGUGAAAUAUCCUCCUUGUCUGUGGCUUUGUCAGCUCGUCGCCGCGUCAGGAUCAUUCUGCAAUCUGCUCGCUGGCACCAACUGCCUGCCUGACUGCUUCUCUACUUUAGAGACACUCCACUCCCCCCACAGAUCCUCAACAUGGUUAAGGUGGCGAUGCCCGCGAAGAUCGCUCUGGCUACGUGCCUGUACGCGGCGGCGGCCUCGGCUGAGACCGUCAACUUCAUCAACAAGUGCUCGUUCCCCAUCGAGCUGUACCACAGCCAGUCUGGCUCGGCCGCUUCCAAGGUGGCCGACAUCCCCGUCGGCAGCUCGCACACGGAGGACGUCACCGGCCCCGCGCACAUGUACCGCCACACUGCUGACACGUCGGCGACUCUGGUGGAGCUGGCUUGCGAUGGAACUCUGUGGUACGACCUGAGCGUCAUCCCUCCCAUGCCUGGCUACUGCUCCAGUUACGAGGAGUGCAAGAAAGGCGGCAAGAAGGGCUUCAACGUGCCCAUUUCGAUCCAGCCCAAGGAGAACAUCGGCAAGGGCACGUGCUCCGCUCUAUUCUGCGCCGCUGAUGACAAGCAGUCUUGCGCUGAUGCCUACCACUUCCCCAUGGACAACAUCAAGACGCACAGCUGCCCGGUCGGCACCGAGUUGGACGUGACGUUCUGCCACGCCGACGGAGGUGACCAGACCCAGCAGCAGGACCAAACUCAGCAGCAGGACCAGACCCAGCAGCAGGACCAGCACCAGACUGACCAGUCUUACCCUGCGUCCACGACGGCUGCUCCUUCUCAGGAGGAGCGUGGCGCCACCCAGGAUGGCUCCCAGCAGCAGCAACAGCAGCAGCAGCAGCAGGAUCAGGGCACGGUGCAGAGCUACGCCGCCCUGGGCAAGGUCAAGGCCAAGUACGAGUACAAGGGCAAGAAUGCCGGUAACGUGCCUGGCUCGUACAACCGCGUGACGGACUUGGGCAGCUGUACGAAGGAGCCCGUCCAGGUUAACAGCCCCGUCGGCCCCAUGUGCGAGCCCGUGAGUCUGAUCUUCCGUGGCCCUCUGGAGAUCCACAACAUUGCCGUGUACUCGGACGAAGGAGGCAACGGAUCGUGGCCCCGUGUGUCUUCGUACUCGAGCAAGGACGGCACGGUGGACAACUUGACGUUCAUGAACAACAAGAACAUCGAUUACUCUGGCCAGAACAAGCACGGCCCGCAGGGUUACGCUUCGGCUGACGGCAAGGACAAGGCUGACGAGCCCACAGUCUUCUCGGGUGAGCUGGCUGAGGCUUCGGACCCCACCAAGAUCGGCGGUGGCCCCGGUAUCUCGACGGGCGUGGAGAUCAACAUCAUGACUGGCGAGAAGUGCAACGGCGACUGCCUCGGCUUCUCGGGCGACAACGACUACAAGGGCUGGGGCGGCGGUAAGAAGGCAUUCGUGACGGAAGUCAAGAUGCCCAAGGGCACCACGCCCGACCAGCCGGCCAUCUGGAUGCUCAACGCCCAGGUGAUGCACUCGAACCAGUACGGCUGCAACUGCCGUGGCAUGGGCCCCGUGGGCGGCUGCGGUGAGCUCGACAUUGCCGAGGUCAUUGAGACGAACAUUAAACGCGACAAGGUGACGACGCACUACUACUUCUACGACGGUACGGUGCUGAGCCCCGGCGGCGACAACUUCGCUCCUCGCUCGUACGACUCGAACACGAUCUAUUUGACGCUCAUUGACGACUCGAACGACGGUCUGAUCAAGAUCGUGGAGCUCGAGAGCUUCGACUUCUCGCAGACGGAUCUGGGCUCGCUCUACCAGCAGCUUGUGGACUGCUAAGCUACCGCGACGUGCUCGUCUAGAUGAAGCGACGGAGCGUCACAGUGUCUAUAUACUAUCCAUGCGUAGGAGCGGCAGUUUUUACAAAUACACGAGCCAUUUUGAUUCUAUGCUUCCCAGUUUUUAUUCCAGUCGUCAUUUUAAUUUUUCAGAGGUAAAAAAAUGAAAUGCUUAAAAAGUUGACUUUA